UCCUACAUUAUUGUGAGGGCGUAGAGUAGACUAUGCCUCUUAGUCUGCAUCUAGAUAAUGCGCUCCAUACUGUGCCAGUCCAAUGCGUUUUCCCUAGCUACGAAUAGACUGUAAAUGAGCUAUCUCAGAAUAUAUAGGCAGAUAACGGUUAACAUAAUGACCAUUAAUGUAUUUUUAUUCGAAUUUACAACAGAUGGAACCAAGAAGCAGAACUCCCAUUGAGAUAGGCCAUGUUGUGCACACACCCUGACGCAUACAGUACAUAGCUGCAUUUUCAAUGCAGCAUAAGGCUAACCUAGUCUACUUUUUUUAAUGAUCCGUGAUAUAGUUUAAGAUUACAUAGCCUAAGGUGUAGGCUAGAUAUAGUAGCAUAGCUACAUAUUUGAUUUAAUUCACGAAAGCCACUGGAAAGUCAGUGAUAUCAGUGUGAAUAAUAUAGAAUGGCCCAUCAACCAGCAGUUACAUUUUUAGAGAACAUAGAAGAUACAUUUUAAGGGGUGUUUCAGUAGUAGAAAUUAAACAGUAGAGUGACAGUAAUCUAUUUCAUAGCUUUUAUUUGUUUUAUUUUUUUGUUAAUUUUCUCCCCACAUAUUUUGUGGAAUCACAAUUGCCAGAUAAUUAGGAGGAUUGUUUGAAUAUGAUGAAUGGCAAUCUUUACUGAACAAAAAUAUAAACGCAACAUGUAAAGUGUUGGUCCGAUGUUUCAUGAACUGAAUAAAAAGAUCCCAGACAUUUUCCAUAUGCACAAAAAGCUUAUUUCUCUCAAAUUUUGUGCACAAAUUUGUUUACAUCCCUGAUAGUGAGCAUUUUUCCUUUUCCAAGAUAAUCCAUCCACCUGACAGGUGCGGCAUAUCAAGAAGCUGAUUAAACAGCAUGAUCAUUACACACGUGCACCUUGUGCUGGGGACAAUAAAAGGUGCAGUUUUGUCACACAACACAAUGCCACAGAUGUCUCAAGUUGUGAAGGAGCGUGCCAUUGGCAUGUUGACUGCAAGACUGUCCACCAGAACUGUUGCCAGAGAAUUUAAUGAUAACUUCUCAACCAUAAGCCGCCUCCAACUUCGUUUUAGAGAAUUUUACAGUACGUCCAACCAACCUCACAACCGCAAACCGUGUGUAUUGUGUCGUGUGGGCAAGUGGUUUGCUGAUGUCAAUUGUGUUCAACAAUGAACACAAUUAUAUUUUAUUGAUGGCAAUUUGAAUGCACAGAGAUACCGUGACGAGUUCCUGAGGCCCAUUGUGAGGCCCAUUUUUUGUGUGUCUGUGACCAACAGUCAUGUGAAAUCCAUAGAUUAGGGGCUAAUGCUUUUUUUUUUUUUUGGUUGUUUUUUUCUUAUGAACUUGAACUCAGUAAAAUCAAUCAAAUUGUUGUAUGUUGCGUUUAUAUUAUUGUUCAGUAUAGUUUUUUCUACCAUUGUAUAGGAGGGGUGGAAGACUAGGGGAAGGUGUCAACGUGACACAGUUAGACAGGGAAGGCAGACUACACGGCUAGUAUUUUUAUUAUACCUCAAACCUACAGACAUGCAGGCACACACACACACACACACACACACACACACACACACACACACACACACACACACACACACACACACACACACACACACACACACACACACACACACAUUCAGACAGACAAACACACACACACAUGUACUCACACACACACUUUAGGAAGUUAUUACUGUAUAGUGUGUGGGUCAGAAAUAGCCCUGAAGAGCCUGGCUGACUGGGAGUGACUUAGCCCUCCUCUCCUCUUGGCCCUGUCAAUCACAGCUCAAAACAAGAUGGCAGACUGGACAGGCUGGAGAUUUAUUUUAAUAGUGUGUGUGACCAGUGUACUGGUGGUCAAGGCAGACAUCAAGGCUUAUACCCCUGUGGGACAGCUGUUUGUGUUCGAGCUGCAGAGAGAGACCUUCCAGAAUGAAUUUGAACCCUUCCUGAAACACUAUGCAGGGCGGGUCUACAAUGAUCCCAUGCUGUUUAAGUGCAAUAUGCAGUCCUUCCCGGACCUGCCUGGCUGGCUUCGAUUUACCCAGAGGCACCACUAUGAUAACGGCUUCCUCUACGGCACCCCACUGGCCCAGGGAAAGAGUAUGAUAGAGAUCACAGUGAUUAACAAACGGAGCUAUGACUCAUUCAGAGACAGACUGAUCAUAACGAUUGACCCUCCAGCAAAGAGAAUGCCCUACCAGGCUGAGUUCUUCAUCCCACUGAGGGAGAUUGAGAAGGUGCUGCCCUCUACAGUUCAGGAAGAGAUCAGGCAGGAUAUGAUGAGGAUGUGGAAGACAGACAGGCUGGACUUUGUCAAUAUCACGUCUGCGUUGGACCGAGGUGGCCGUGUCCCACUGCCUCUGGCUGGACACUACGAAGGGGUGUAUGUGAAGGUGGGUUCAGACCAGUACUUCUCUGAGUGCUUGUUGAGGCUCCAGACUGCUGAACAUAGGAGACAGUGUGAGGCCGGGGGCAGGGCCAAGAUCCCUGGGGACUGCAAGGUCUGCUCAUACCCAGGCAACUGUGUCACCUGGUGCAAGUCCACACUGAUUGAUCUGUCCAGACCAGUGAUCCCCCCUCCUGCCCCCACCAUGGGCCCAGGUAUCCUGGAUGCUGGGGGGGUCUAUGACCCUCCUGAGUCCCCCCCUCCCAGAGACUUCCUGCCAGACUACAUUGUGACUGUGAUCGUCCCCCUGGCUCUGGCCAUCAUCCUGUGUCUCCUAUUGGCAUACAUCAUGUGCUGCAGACGAGAGGGAGUUGAGAGAAGAGAUGGAAAGACACCAGAUAUCCAGCUCUACCACCACCACACCAUCCAUGGUAACACCAGUGAGCUGCGGAGCAUGGCUGGGUGUCGUGGGGUCCCUCCUCCCCUCUCCACCCUUUCCAUGUUCAACGCUCGCACCAGGGAGACAGCCCCACCGUUCCAGACUGACAGCCCCAGCAUCCCCCUCAUCCUGGCCCAGCAGGAAAUCAACACUGACACACUACCCAGGAAAUGAAGCCAUCCAAACAGGACACACUGUACUUCCACUGCAUGUAUUAUGGGUUUGCUGCUGGUUUGCUGUAGGAUUUGAGAUGUUUUCUCUUCACAUUAUAAUUUCUUUAUCCUCUUUCUUGAUCACAUUAUACUUUGAUUACAAAUAUUUUGGAGUGACUCCCCUUAUAGAAUAACCACAUGAAUUUCACAUGUGAAUGUUUUCAUGUGAUCAAAUGUAAUCUUAUGUGAAGUUAAUGUGAUAACAUAUGACAACAUGUAAAGUAACAUGUGAUAACAUGAAGUUAAACAUGGAACACGUCUUCACAUGAAGUUAAACAUGUGAAGACGUGAUCACGUGAAGUGUUCCAAAAAUACAGUUUUCAUAUGAUUUCACAUGUGAAAUUUAUAGUGAAAUCAUGUGAGUUUUCUGUAAGAGUGAGUGUUGAGUGACUGUAACCUCUGAACUUGUGUUAAACAUUUUUAUGCAUUGGUGGAUUUAAUUAAUUCUGCCAUAGGUUUGGACUAAUGGAGUGCAAUAUGUAUUUUUGAAAACCAAAUCCUUGGCCUACAUGUAGAGGUAGAAUUAAUAUAUUGAAUGUUUUUCCUUAAUAAAACCCCUAACCAACUGUA